GCCCAGGUGAGGUGGUGUAAGAGCGGUUGCGUAGCUCUAUACGCUGCAUUGGGGCUGGCUGACGAUAGAGGAAAAGCAUCGGUGAGGUAAAAACCUCUGGUGAGGAGAGAAAGAAGAGUAUGGUACUAGUUUUUAGCGGUGACGGAGGGUAGCUCCUUGUCCGUUGUCAUGGCCAGCGUGGGCUCACACAGGUUGGGUAGGGUGCAGUCUAUGGGCCCAGGCACGCCUCGGUGUUGGCAGCUCUGGUAGGGUCUAGUGUUCAUGCGUUUGGUGUGGGAUGAAUGCCCAGGGAUGCCUGUGUUAGCUGCUUUUGUGGUUGGAGACCGGCACUUGAUUCUAGUUCUUUUGCAGUCAGCAUCAAUUCUGUGAAGCAAAGUAUUACUAUGAACAUCAAUCAUAAAGGUGGCUUAAAACUUAACAAAAUUGAGAAGAAGUUCCUGAGGAAACAGAGUAGAGCCAGGCAUGUGCUGCUGCAACACGAAGGCAUCCAGGCAGUGUCUUACCCCACUCAGAGCCUGGUUGUUGCCAAUGGUGGUCUUGGUAAUGGUGUGAGCAGGAAGCAGCUGCUUUUGGCAUUAGAGAAUUCUGGACCCAUGGAAGCUCUCUUAAUGCCACCUAAUAAACCUUAUGCAUUUGUAAUAUACAAAACUAUCGAAGAAUCCAGGAAAGCAUAUGCUAACCUCAAUGGAAAAGAAAUCAUUGAUGAUUUGGGACAGAAGAUCAUUCUGUACUUGAAUUAUGUGGAAAAAGCACAGUGGAAAAAGUUGGGGCUUCAAGCCUUGCCUCCUGGCCUCUUGGUGGUAGAAGAAAUUAUUUCUUCUGACGAUGAGAAAAUGCUUUUGGAAAGUGUUAAUUGGACAGGAGACACAGACAAUCAGAAUUUUCAAAAGUCCUUAAAACACAGAAGAGUUAAACAUUUUGGUUAUGAAUUCAACUAUGAGAACAACACUGUGGAUAAAGAUAAGCCCUUACCUGGCGGUCUUCCUGAUAUUUGCAACAGCAUUUUGGAAAAAUGGUUGAAAGAAGGUUACAUUAAACAUAAACCUGAUCAGUUGACCAUAAAUCAGUAUGAGCCUGGGCAUGGAAUUCCUGCCCAUAUUGACACACAUUCUGCAUUUGAGGAUGAGAUUAUUUCUCUCAGUUUGGGGUCAGAGAAGAACUACAGUUGCCGUGCUGGCGCGGCAAAGUGGAGGUUCCAUCACAAGAGUGCAAAACAGAUCAAGUGGGGGUGUGAAGGCCUGUCCUCUAGGGACCCAACAAAAAUUGUUAUGGAUUUUAAGCACCCAGAGGGUGUCACUGUACAAGUUAUGCUACCUCGUCGGAGUUUGCUGGUGAUGAGAGGAGAAUCUAGAUACCUUUGGACUCAUGGAAUUACACCCAGAAAAUUUGAUACUGUCCAAGCAUCUGAGCAGUUCAAAGGUGGAAUAAUCACCAGUGACAUCGGAGACUUGACUUUAAGCAAGCGGGGAAUUCGAACAUCAUUUACGUUUAGGAAAGUGAGACGUGUGCCCUGUAAUUGUAGUUACUCCUCAGUCUGUGACAGACAGAGGAAGGCCACACUUCCUUCCCUUCCAGAGAGCAGUAAAGAAGCAUGCCAGCUGGAACAAGAGCAUGUUCAUCGUGUCUAUGAUUUGAUUGCAAGACACUUCAGCAGCACAAGACACAGCCCAUGGCCACGCAUCGCGGAGUUCCUGAAAGCUUUGCCAAGUGGUUCUGUAGUGGCAGAUGUUGGAUGUGGAAACGGAAAGUACCUUGGCAUCAACAAGGAGUUAUAUAUGAUUGGGUGUGAUCAUAGCCAGAACCUUUUGGACAUUUGUAGAGAGAGGGAGUUUCAGGCUUUAGUCUGUGAUGCGCUGUCUGUUCCACUCCGAAGUGGGUCUUUUGAUGCUUGCAUCUCCAUUGCUGUCAUCCAUCACUUCUCAACUGCGGAGCGUAGAGUGGCAGCUCUCCAAGAACUUGUCCGUCUCCUGAGACCUGGUGGGCAGGCCCUCAUAUAUGUCUGGGCAAUGGAGCAAGAAUAUAAAAAUCACAGAUCCAAGUACCUUAGAGGAAGCAAAACUUGCCUGCAAGAUAAAGAGGAGAUAAACAAUGUCAUAGCCACUGAAGGAUUGCUAGCAAAUCAAAUGUCUGGUGAAAAUAGUGAAGACCUAGAAUCUUCUGUUCCCUCCACUGAUAAUAUCAAGGAGGAAGGAUGUAAGCCAAGGAAAGUUCCUAAUUCUGAGCUUCCUGUUCAUACAAACCGGACUUCUUUUCAUUCCCAAGAUGUGCUGGUUCCAUGGCACCUCAAGAGAAAUCCUGGUAAAGACAAAGCCGUUGAGCCCUUUGGCUUGGCAGGAUGCCCUGACCCAUGUCCUGUGUUUCAUCGUUAUUAUCAUGUUUUCUGUAAUGGAGAAUUGGAGGCUUCCUGCCAGGCUCUGGGUGAUGUUAGCAUUCUGCAGAGCUACUAUGAUGAGGGGAAUUGGUGUGUUGUUCUUCAAAAGGUCUGAUCUGAACAUAUCAGAUGUAAAGAAAAAAAAAUGCCUAUCUGUUUCUUCGAAGGAGGAUAAAUUGUCCCUUUAAAUAAUGAGGAAGCUUUGGGAGACAUUACCAAAGGAAAACUGAGAGCAGAGAUUAUAGAGGUAACAUUCUAUCUUCAAUUUUUGGCUGACUUCAUAAACAUAGGUUCCUCUUACAUGCCUUCUAAGUAUGAUGUUGAAAAGUGAUUGGCAUUAACUUGUGAAAGGUCUGUGAUCUUUGUGUAAGCGUACAGCAUUUUGAAGCUAAGCUUUUCUUAUAAAGUGUUUAUAAAGAUCCUAAACUAUGUAAGAUCAAAAUGAAGCAAUUAUGUAACCUUUUAAAUGACUUGAAGACUCCUGGACAACAGGACACUAUCUGAAGUGUUAUCUACAACUAAUUGUUCCCAAGAAAAUCAUAGCAACUUUCUCCCCCCGUCUUUCCAGCACACUGGAUGCCCAGUAAAACUUUAGCCACGUAUUUCUCAGGAUUAAUAGAAACUUCAGUCAACAGAUAUUCAUUAAACUCCUACCAUUUACUAUUAAGUACUAGGAAUGAAGCUGUAAGCAAGUAAAGGAGGUUGGGUUGUAGCUCAGUGAAAGAACAGGUGUUUCUAAUUGAAGCCCUGGAUUUAAUACCCAUCACUGCAAACAAACAUAGCAGCAGAAACCGAGCAAAGUCCUUCUUCCUAGGAAGCUUACUUUCUGGAAGGUGAGGCUGACAAAAGCAGACAAAUAAGUUAAUAUUAUGUUCCUGGUAAUCAUAAACGACAGAUAAAAAAGUAAAUUGGAGGCUGAAAGUGGUAUUAACCUAUGAGAAAAAGAUUACUUUCUAAUGGCUGAAAUAACUCCCAGUCUUGACUGAUGAAUUGCCAGGAACUACUACUAUUCCUCAUCUGUUGGUUUAAGUUCUAAAGACAAUUCAAAUAGUUCUCUUUAACAGUUAAAUUGCAAACGUUAAAAUGUUAUCAGCCACACCAAACUUGGCUCUUUCAGUCACAAUUGACUGUUUUUUCUUAUUCAUCAUUUGUUCCAAUCUAGGAAGAAUGGAGGUAUUUUUAUCUAGUCCUUGAAACCAAAAGUGUGUUCUUGGAAAGUACUACUAAAAUUGAUAUCUAGCCAGACUGAAUUGACCAAGAAGAAACUUUUAUGAUUUUUUAAUUAACUCAAUCAGAAAACAUAAAAGCAACAUGUACAUGCUUUAAGACCAUAACUUGAUUUAAUAAACAUAAUUAACAAAUUAAAAAUUACAGUAAGACACUUUCAAAUGAGACUUCUAUUUGAAUAUACAAUUUUCUCUUUCUUUUCUAUUUAUGAGAGAGAAUCUCAUGUAUCCAGUUUGGUCUCAAUCUAAGUACCCAGUUCUCUGCUUUCACCUCUCCAGACCUGGUAUAACAACAGACCUGGUAACACAACAGCCUAAGAAUAGUUUGAUAUUAUUUAUAUUGAAAAAAAUUAAGAUAUUAUUUAUAUAUUAAAACAGUGGUUCUCAACCUGUGGGACAGGACCCCUGGUAGCCAAACCACACUUUCACAGGAGUUGCAUAAAACCAUUAGAAAUAUAUAUUUAUAUUAGUAUUCAUAACAGUAGCAAGAUUACAGUUAUGAAGUAGUACUAAAAAUAAAUUUAUAGUUUAUUUUUAUAUAUUCCUACAACAGGAAGGGUGGUAUUAAAUAAUCAAAGCAGUGGAAAAGAUAAGAACAACUCUAUUAAAGGAACAUAUGCCCCAGUAAGAUGCUUAGUUGAUAAAGGCAUUUGCCACCAAGCCUAAUACCCUGAGUUCAGUCCACAGUACCCACUUGGUAAAAAAUGAAAACUGACUCCAAUAAGUUGUCCUCUGACCUUUGUACUUACACACACACACACAUAAAAUAAAAA